CCGAGCCUUCGCAGCAAAAUGGAUCUCCGCUGCACUCGGGCCCCACACCUCCUCCGUGUCGCUGGCUUUAAAUACGAGCAAGGUCGAGCUGUCGGUGAAAGCCGAAGUGGUCGUCGCCAUCGCCGGAGAAUGGAAGAAGUCGACCCCUUGAAGCUCCGCUCGGACUUCCUUCAAGUCCUCCUCAGCCGCCGUCGGCCACCUCCAGACGUUCCGGUCGCCGUCGAGAUCGGGAAGCCGGUGAAGAAUCCCAUGUAUCAGGGGAAUACUCGUCUUGGUUCCAGGGAGGUUAUGGAAUCUUGUCCUAAGGAAGACAUUGAGGGCCUCAAGGAUGUUUUUCUUGAAGAAAACAUAUAUUUGAUAACUGAGGAAGGUGAGCAAGGCCGAUUACCAGUCUUGAUCUUGAGCAUGAACAAAAGUGAUCAGAAAAAGAGACCAGCUAUUGUGUUUAUACAUAGCUCCUACAAAUGUAAAGAAUGGUUGCGCCCUUUGCUUGAGGCAUAUGCUUCGCGGGGAUAUAUUGCUGUUGCCAUUGAUUCCCGCUACCAUGGUGAGAGAGCAAGCAGCACAACAACAUAUCAAGAAGCUCUAAUUUCAUCCUGGAAAAAUGGAGACACUAUGCCUUUCAUAUUUGAUACAGUAUGGGACUUGAUAAAGUUGGCAGAUUACCUUGUGCAACGAGAGGAUGUUGAUCCUUGUAGGAUUGGAAUUACUGGAGAAUCCCUUGGAGGUAUGCAUGCUUGGUUUGCUGCUGCAGCUGACCAUCGCUAUUCUGUUGUUGUCCCUAUAAUUGGUGUUCAGGGAUUUCAAUGGGCUAUGGACAAUGAUAAAUGGCAAGCUCGGGUUGAUAGCAUCAAACCUGUCUUUGAAGAAGCAAGGAUUGAUUUAGGCAAGAGUGUUAUUGAUAAAGAGGUGGUAGAAAAGGUGUGGGACAGAAUUGCUCCAGGCCUAGCUUCACAAUUUGAUUCCCCCGAUACAAUUCCUGCUAUCGCUCCACGUCCUCAGCUUAUUAUACACGGUGGUGAAGAUCCUCGCUGUCCUCUGGCUGGUUUGCAUAUUCCGAUAUCUAGAGCAGAAGAGGCUUACAAGAAGGCCGGCUGCCCUGAGAACUUCAAGUUUAUAACUGAAAGUGGAAUUGGGCAUCAAAUGACAGCAUCAAUGGUGAAGGCAGCAAGCGAUUGGUUCGACAGGUUCCUCAAACCAAUACAUUAUUGAAUCUUAAGGCACGAAAUAUAUAUAUUUCUAUCUGCUUCUCCAAUCAAAAUUUCAGGGUAUCGAUUAUGAAUUUAAACUAAAGAGGUAACUGUUGAGUAUGUCUUUACAGGAAAAUGAAUGUUUGCUAUUCGGGCUCGUAACAAUUUGAUAUCAAAGAGUUUUUAUUGUUACAAUCAAGACUACAUCAUCAAUUAAUUUUGCUUCAGUUCUCUAAAUUAUUGGUAACUUUCUUGCAA